AUGCCUACAAUUAACGCUCUCCGGUCAUUCGAACCUCCUCCUAUUCCAUCUCUACCCGAUUUUGAGCGUCGCCGUUCCACAACAUCGACACUCUCCAACAACAAUUCCGAUUCUGUCACCUCAUCUCUGCGGGGUCUUCAAGCACCACCCAAAAGCAGCAGAUCAAACCGCCCCAAGAGUGCUAAAUUCUCAUCCUACCGCCUGCGCAGCAAUUCAGGCCUUUCACUUCACACCAAUGAGGACAUUCUGAGACAGUAUACCGACUACCACCCUGAUGGCACACCGCGUGCCGGCAUGUAUAGCAACGGGGUGGGCCAGUGGUCGGGUGAGAGGUUGAGGAGCAUUGACUCUGUUACAUCGUCCAGAAGUCAAAGAUCUAGUAUCGCUUUCACUGAGUCGGAUGGUUCCGGCGAGUUGCCUAUUCCUGAUCUUGUCGGGCGGGAGAUGUUUGAUAUGGUUAUGGCCGAUCAUGCUGCCAGUGGUCAAUUAUGGAGAUUCGCCGCCAAUCGAGGACUUGGUCAGAAUGUUGAUUACCUCAUGAAGAUUCGCGACUAUAUCCAAUCCCUGGAGCAGGUUGUCAUUCAACUCUCGACAAUAUCAACUUCGUAUACAUCCAUCACCGCAACAUCGCCAAUUAAUUUGCCCUCCCCUAUGUCCAAGGCUCUCAACACCAACAUCAAACAUCUCACAACAUCACUUAUUCCCAGCCUGGAAAACAUGUUUCUCGAAUCUAAAACCUAUAUCGAACAGCGCAUUGUCAGGGAGAUCUUUCCCGAUUUCGUCAAACAGCAACUAUCACAAUGUACUAGCUUGGCUCUCUCCCUCGACGCAGAAGGCGACUCACCACCAAACCCUUAUCCCGGCCUGAAGGGGUCAUUCUGCCUUAGUGAUCCGUCCCGAUCUGGAAAUCCUAUCAUCUUUGCUUCCGAUGAGUUUGAGGAACUGACAGGAUACGCACGAAGUGAGGUUUUGACACAUAAUUGCCGCUUCCUUCAGGGACCACAGACUGAUCGAGACGGCAUUGCCAAGAUGCGCUCCGCAAUCUGGCGCAACGAGGAGUGUACUGAACUGCUUCUCAACUUUCGGAAAGAUGGAACCCCGUUCUGGAAUCUUCUUUUCCUAUGCCCUCUUCUCGACACCGCUGGUAAGACAAAGUUCUUUCUGGGUGCUCAAAUCGACGUAUCAUCCUCUCUGCACGACACACAUGAUGUUCUAAAGGUUUUGUCGUACGGUGCUGCGGAGGAAGAUAAGGCGCCAGAACGGAGCAAUUCUCGCUGGGCUAGUGACGGAUCUCAAGGCGAGCCUGAAGCUGAGGAGGUUCUCAGUGUCAAGAACAAUCAAUUCAAGGCAACAAAGAUGUCGGGGUUCUUCAAAGCGUUCAAGAAGCCGCCGCCUCCUCCUCUGUCGCCACCACUGAGUCCACGUCGCAGCUCUGAUAGGCCCCGGUCAUCAGCUGGACCUACGAUACUUGACAAGACCUAUAGCACACGAAGCGUUAUCAGGAGAUUCUCUAACCAACCUGAAAUGCUUAUGACGACAUACGCCCGAUACAUGAUUCUCGAGCAUGUCCCUUCAUACCCAGCAUCUUUGGGCGCAAUGCCUCUCGACCAGGAGAUGAAGUAUCCACCCAAGUUAUGUGUCUCCUUCUACUCCAAAGAGAUGCUCGAUGCUCUCGAUCUGGGCACGUCGGCCGAAACUAUAAUCGGCAAAGAUAUCUUUGACAUUUUUACUGAGCAAUCUACACUACCAUCAGUUACCAAGGCCUUCAAAUUGACGGUUCGGGAUCUUGUUGUCCGUGAUGGAAAGUCUGUUUCGUUGGACCUCGCACUCGCAAACCACAUCCCUCGCCGUGCCAAUAUGACGAGAACGCUAAGUGGUGACAGUGGAGAAACAUCGCCGAAGAAGCCAGCCAAGAUGAUGAGCCACUGGACACCCCUCAAAGAUACUGAAGGACAUGUCAAGUAUGUGGCAAUGAUUGUGUCGCCAAUUUAA